AUGUUUGCGGAUUUGCGUGAUGUGGUUUCAAUACAUUUCCCGGGCAGGGACGAUGUACAACGACUCGCACUGAGUUCCUUUAUCAUCAUGCGUUUCUUUGCCGCAGCCAUUAUGAAUCCGAAACUGUUCGGACUGAAACGCGAACAACCGGUUCGUUCGUUCAUUUUAUUUUAUCAUUCUUCUUAA